AUGAUGGAGCUGUCGUCCAUCUGGCCGGUCAGCGUGCUGCUGCGCACCCGGGACCAAUUCGCCCUCUUCUUCGUCUCCUCGUUCGCGGCCAAGCUGCUGCACUUCUACAGCCACCGCCAAUCGCUGCCCAUCCUGCUGCUGCUGCUGUACACGCCGACCUUUUUCCUGCCCGACCUGGUGCUGCUGCUCGUCGGCCGCCUGCUCGUCUACCGCCCGAACAGAGGCCGGCCAUGGAAGAUUCUCGGCGGCCUGCUCGCGCUCCUCACGGCGUCGACGUCGACGUCCCAGAUCUGCUUCUACCUGACCACGGGUGGCGAGGUGCAGUGGAUGGCGGCGGGCAACCUGGCGGCCGACCCGGCGGGGCUGGCGAUGCUGCUGUCGGAGCUGCCCAAGUUCGCCAUGGUGCUGCUGGCCUUCUCGAGCGUGGCGUGGCUCAUCGCGGCGCGCUUCUACGCGGGCGUCUCCUGGGUGCUGGUCGACGUGCGGCUCUCGUUCCGCCAGAUGCAUCGUUGCCUUAGAGGGCAGUCGCAGCUCAGCGGAUACGAGCAGCUGCACGGCCCGUGCGCCCACGACGUGGAGCCGAGUAAGGCCGACCGCGCCCAAAUCCCCUCGCUGCGCAGGGCCGCUUUGGUCUCCGUUGCCGUCAUCGCCGCAGCCGUCACCCUGCUGAUCCUGCAGUGCGUGCGCCCGCGCUCCGCCCCGUACGCCCACAUGUCCGGCUCCCUGCCUAUCACCCUGUUCGAGUCGCUGUUCUUCAGCCCCAUCAAUGCCGAUUUUUGCUUGCCCCAUCCCACCCACCGCGUCGACUUCCCCUUUGAGCAGUACGCCAAUGUCGUCGGCCGCCAGCCACCCCCGGACUGGAAGCCGCUCGCCCAAGAGUGCCGCCGCCGUCACCACCGCCCAUCCCCACAUCCGCCCCAUGGCCAUGGCCCGCCCCACCAUCCUCCGCCUGGAUACCCUCCGCCGCCUCCACCUCCGGACUGGUUCGAAGAUGAAGACGGCUUUGGGCCUUGGGACCCGCUGGAGCAUGGAGUGCCUCCUCCCCCGCCGCCACCUCCCCCGCCUCCGCCCCACGGUGGACAUCACGGACACUACGACCCGUCUUGUGACCCGCUGAAGCUGUCCAAUUUGGACGAGAGCCUGCUGCAUCCCCUGACCGCCGCAUUGAAGCAGGAUAAGCCGUCCAUCAGGAAUGUGCUGCUCGUCACCCUAGAGAGCACCCGCAAGGACAUGUUCCCCUUCAAAAAGGCCAGCCACGCUUACGACACCAUCCUUUCCUCCUAUGGGGCCCCCGAGGCCGCCGAGCAGUUGGACAAGAAGCUGCAGGCCCUCACCACCACGGCGUCUUUCUUGACCGGUGAGUCUACCGGCUUCGAGGACGACGAGGCUUUCAACAAGACCGGCCGUCUGGGCGCUUGGGCAUCGCAUUUUGCCGCAGACAAGGGCGGCAUCAAUGUUCAGGGUGCCGUUACCGGCAGUGCUUACACGCUGAAGAGUUUGAUCACCAGCCUCUGCGGCAUGGAGCCGUUGCCCGUCGAUUUCACCGAAGAGGUACGAGGUCGCAUGUACCAGCCUUGCAUGCCCCAGAUUCUGGACAUGCUCAACAAGGCCGAGCAGAGCGGGCGUGGCCAGAAGGAUGAGGACGGUUUUCUGUCGUCGCCAUGGGACUGGGCGUUCAUGCAGUCGGUGACGGACCAGUUCGACUCGCAGUACACGCUGAACGAGCAGAUUGGCUUCCGUACCAUUGUGACAGACGAAACUCUCGAGGACCCCGCUUCGGCCCAUUACCCACCUAAAAACCCGCGCAACAACUACUUUGGAUUUCCGGAAGAGGAGUCACUGCCGUACCUUCGUGAUGCCUUCGCCAACGCGAAGCGCGACGGCCGCCGCCUCUUCGCGUCGUACAUGACCAGCAGCACGCAUCAUCCGUUUGCUGUGCCGGCCGCGUGGGAGGGCAAGGAGACGUACCUAGCCAAGCGCCGCUUCGCGCCCGAGAAUUACAACCACUUCGAUCAGUACCUCAACACGAUCAAGUACCAGGACGGGUACCUAGACUCCUUGCUGAGCAUGCUGCACGACGAAGGCGCGCUAAACGAGACGCUGGUCGUCAUGGUGGGUGACCACGGCAUGACCUUCGACGUGACGGACGGGUCAAGGUCCAACUUCGAGAACGGCCAUGUGUCCAACUUCCGCAUCCCACUGCUCUUCCUGCACCCGGACCUGCCGCGCGUCACCCUCGACGCCGCCGACGCCGCCACCCCGACCUCCAUCAUCCCCACAAUCCUCGACCUGCUCCUGCAAACGAACAGCCUCAGCGACGCCGGCAGCGCAGUCGCCCACGGCCUGCUGCCGCGCUACCAAGGCCCCUCGAUGAUCCGCUCGCAGCACUGGCACGUGCCGGUCGCCAACCACUCGUCGCCGCCGCCCUCGUCCCCGUUCUUCCACGACCACCACCCCCACAACCCCUGGGACGACGUCGUCAGCACCAGCUUCCUCGACACCACCGCCUCGUUCCCCACCGCCAACGCCUCCGCCAACACCCACCCCUUCCACUUCUCCAUCAUCAACCCCGGCGGCUCCCUCCUCGCCAUCUCGCAGGCGCACUCCCCCUACCGCCUCGUCCUGCCCCUCUGCUCCACCCUCCCGCUGCGCUUCACCGACCUCGACUCGUCCCCGAACGAGGCGGACGCCCUCGUCGCGUGGAACGUGGAGACGCUGGUCAAGGACGUGAGGGGGAAGCAUGGCGACGCGGCGGCGGCGUGGGCGGACCUCGUGCGCAGGCUGGGCGAGUGGUGGUUCUGGGAGCAGAGGAGGAGGUGGGGUUAUCAUUUGCCGGCGCGGAGCACGGAUAGGGGCGUUGUUGAGGGGAGCAUGGCGGGGAGGAUCAGGAAGAAGCAUUGGUGGGAGACGUAG